AAGCUCCGUAAGUUGCUUCCAUGGAGAUUCUCUAAAAACAUUUCAUCUAUUGUUUCCAAGGAUCUAAACUUUCUGAGUUUUUCUUUCUAUUCUCUCUAGCGGGUUUAGUUGCGUGUCGAGAUGUAAUCGAAGUGGGCGAUGAGGCGUAAUAAUUCGUUAUUUCAGCUUCCAUGAGAUUUUUCGUGGAUGCAGAAUACAUUCUUUAGUUUCUUGAGCUUCCUCGUGUUCCAGGCGUAAUUAUAUACCUUUCGAUCUGUUUGUUUUUGCAGUUAAAAUGGAUACUGGUGGGUUUGUAGAUGAAAAGAGCGAGAGCAGAUUAUAUGUUGGAAACUUAGAUCUUCGAAUAAACGAGGCUGCGUUGAUAAAGAUGUUUACUCCAUAUGGGAAGAUCAUAUCAGAAGACUUCCUUUGGCACACACGCGGGCCAAAGAAAGGAGAGCCACGCGGCUAUGCUUUCAUUCAAUACAGCCGUAAAGAGUGAGUACACAGGAAGCUGAAUUGGCCAAGGAGAAGAUGCAUGGGAGAUUAGCUUGUGGUAAGCCUUUGGUGGUUCGUCUAGCUAGUGAGAAGCUUCUAGAAGAUUCCACUCAUGAUCAUUCCAAAAGAUUAUCAUUACCAGAAGCAAACAGAGCGAGGUUUGCAAGUGGAAGCAGCUCAGGACAAAUGAGCCGAGACGAAAAAGUGGCUGCCAUUAAGAACAAACUCAAAGCUUUGGAGGAAGAUGAGAAACAACGAGAUCCCAAGAAACAGAAGAGAUAAAGAAUGAGAGAGUUUCAAUUUUUUUUUUUUUAACAAGGAAUCGAAAAUUAAACCGAAAUUGAAUUGGAGGGAUAUUAACCGACUUUUUGUAGUAAAGGAAAUAAAGAUUAAACCGAAUUGAAUUGGAGAAAUAUU